GGCCACCCGCUGGCCUAGAUCGUCAGUCUUCGCGCGCACGCUCUACCAGGCAGUCGCUGUGUGAGCCGUCGCCACGAGGCGCUCUGUACGCCGCGCACUUCUCUACGUCGCGUCACCCACAAAGGAUUAAGUGCUGGUGCUUAGUGUGUGCUCUGUGAAAGUGUGCCGUGGAUAAGGAGGAGGAUGAUGUGCUGACCUACCAACCAUUUGGAAUACAGUUUUCUUGUGGCCUUACCGACAGUUUUGUCAGUGAUGCGAGUUGGAAGGCUUGUGAUCUGCCCCCGUGUCGCUCGUGGAGAGCAGAUCUUGUGUGUGUGAUUUUUAAGAAAUGUCAACCGCCGUAGUAGACUACAUGUACGGUGACAAAGUGGGAACUUAUUACGGAUAUCCUCCUCGGAACCAAAUUCAGACGUUUCACACGCCGAGUUUUGGUGACGAGGAGUUUGAUAUCCCACCCAUAAACCCUCACGGAGGACAUCACGGCCAACCUCAUAGUCAACAGCUUGGGCAGCCACACAGCCAGUCCCUUGGGCAACAUAGUGGCCCACCAGGAGCACACAGUCCACAUCAAUCUGGACUACCCGCAAUGUCCUACCAACACCAGAUGAGUGAUGGGCUCUUACAGGAGCAUUCAUCAUAUCAGCAGCCUUUAUACCUUUCUGGUCCCAACGACCAUCAAAUGGGCUUAGGUGUAGGUAGUUCUAAUUAUGGAAGUCCUCAAACACCAUACAUUCCUGGUCAAGAUGGGCAGAUGCUAAUGCUGCAGCAGCAGCAACAGCACCAUCAUCAAAUGCUGAUGACUCAUGGUCAUGCAGUGGGUCCUGGUCAAAUAUCACAAGGACCCAUGUCUGGUAUGCCUGGAGUGCCUCAGUAUGGUCGUCCUGCCCCAGCACCUGGACAUAGCCCUCCCAACACAACAACUAGUGAAGAUAGUGAUGAUAGUGCUGCAAUGAUGGGUGGCAUCAAACGACCAUCACCUGAGCCUGUAGAUCAAUCAAAACUUCAAAAGAAACCUAAAGUUCAAAAAAAGAAGAAGAAAAGAGACCCUAAUGAACCUCAAAAGCCUGUUUCAGCGUAUGCCCUUUUCUUCAGGGACACCCAAGCAGCUAUUAAAGGUUCUAAUCCUAAUGCUAGUUUUGGAGAAGUAUCCAAAAUAGUUGCAUCAAUGUGGGAUGCACUUGAUUCCAACAAUAAAGAUGUUUAUAAAAAAAGGACGGAGGCAGCAAAAAAAGACUAUCUAAAAGCAUUGGCUGCGUAUCGUGCUAGUCUUUUGUCCAAGGGGUCGAAUGAUCAAGAAAGUAAUAAUGUAUAUAGUGGGGGAUAUUCAUCACACCCACCACAAGGGUAUGGUGGUCCUCAGCCUCCUAGUUCUGGUGGAUACCCAGGUUAUUCUCCACCUGCUACUCAAAUGUCAUCUCCACCCAUGGCAUCUCCUCAACACCACCAAAUGGUUGGAAUGAAUAAGCCAACUAAUGGUUCUCCUCAACAGCUUUCACCUAGGCAACCUCCUCCCCAGACGAGUAUGAUUGGCUCACCAAUGGGUCCUGGUCACAUGGGUCAUAUGGGUCAGUUGAGUCCUGUAGGAUAUAUGCAGCAACCACCUCAGCAAACACUUCAACUGCAACCUUUAGCGCCCAUGUCUUCUCACCCGUCGCAGCAUGUACAGCCUCAGCUGCAGCAGCUACAGCACCCUCCUCAACAUCUAAGUCCCCAACCAUCUCCUCAACAGCACUCACCACCCCAGCAGCAACAGCAACCUCAAUCACAGCAGCCUUCCUCACAAACGCCACAGCAGCAACCCCCUCAACACCACCAGCAGCCAUGUGACCCUGCAGCUCCUCAAGAUCAGCAAAAUAUGACAACAUGCAUUCGACAUGGGUGUCCUAAUGUUGCAGUUCCUAACAAUGAAUGGGAGGAUGAAUACUGCAGCAAUGAAUGUGUUGUAAGCCAUUGUCGAGAUGUGUUCAGUUCGUGGGUAGCAUCUAACCAGAAUGCUCAACCUCAAACCUACUCAACAGUGAAGUAAGGCUGGGUUGGUCAUUCCACUGACUUAUGGACCAGACCAACAAACCCACAUAGCCACUGCCCUGAAACUAUCUGCUUACCUUUGGAACCUCAUCCUUUACUGGAUAGCGUUCAUGCUGUGAUGAAGAAAAGCAGGUGAAUUCAGGGACAACCUUGUAAAGUUGUGGUCUGCAUCUCUUAUGGGCAACACCUGGUUCUUGUCCAGAAAACACUUUUUAUUGUACUACACAUUCUACAAGGAGAGUGAAGAGAUCAUCAAAAAUAUAGUGAGGUUGUGAUGAAUUAAAUCUGACACUGAAAUUUUUCUUAAAGGGCGAGUGUAUCUGUAAUUUCACAUCUUCUAGUUGUAGACUUUUCACCUCUGUGAAUGUAUACUUAGCUUCCAUGUUCGUUGCAAUGGAUGAAAUGUAGGUAUGAGAUAGAAAAAGCAGUCUCAAAUUCAGUUAUAACUGUAAAUUUUCUCCUACAAUUUUAAGUAUUACUAGGUGUUACAUGAGCAGAGUUAUGUGUAUGUAUUGAUAAAAGUCAUGUUGUAAGCAAAUGUAGAUCAAUUUUUAGGCUGUCCUUCUCUUGUUAUGAUUGUUUUUCCCCUCUUCUCCCCCGUUAUAGUAUUUACAAAUACAAAAAUAUUAGGUAUUCUAUUCUAUUAUUGUAAUCUUAAAAAUUAUCUUGUCUUGAUGUGGUAAUGGAUAGUUUUACCAACUCAUGUUGCUGUUGAUCUUGAGUCUAUCUUCAUUAGUCUUUAUUCUCUCUGUUGUUUUAAUAACCUGAUUGUCCGAAAAGCAGCAACAAAGUUAAAUUUUCUGUCAAAACAUUUAGUUGAAUGAAUGUUUAGGAGUGAAAUUGUGUUUAUGACUUAUUGUUAUACCUUUAGAAAAUAAUUCUAGUUUCUAUGAGAAAUGUGUUAGUUGGUCAUAUUAUUUUAAAUUUGGACCAUGCCAUAACACUCUCGAAACAAGGUAUGUGCGUCUACUUCCAGCAGCAUGUGUUCCUGUUUCUCACCAAAGCCAUGGCAAGAUCUGUCCGAGGGCUAUUUUUGUAAUACCAUAUCAAAUGCCAAGUGCAACUUUGCCUGCUAAAUAGAUAGCUAUUAGCUAUCCUCUCUCCUUUGCUUAGAAAGAAAUUGAUAAAAUUAAAAUGUGUUAGACAGACAAAAACUUGACAGACUGACGGUCAGACAGAUGGACAAGGGGGAGUGGGUUUGUUGGUCCGCUCACAUUCAUGUGGACUUGUUUUGUACAGAUUAGUAUUUAAAUAUUGAAAACUGCUAGAAGGUUCAAUAUUACGGUUAAGUCUAUAUUAGCCCUUUACUGGACCAAGAAGUAAUUUAUACCCAUGUUUAUACUCAGACAUACUUUUGUAAAGUACAAGAUGUGAUUUUCCCCUUCUUUUUAUGUUGUACAUUUUUUAAUUUUAUGUUUUGUUGGAGAAAAAAAACCUUUAUCUUAUUCAUUAUUGAUCCUAUUCUUUUGAAGAGAAUGAGCCCUUAGGUCAUGAGAAGAAACCAAAAUUUAUCCAAAUAUUGCAUUUUAUCUUAGACUAGAUUGUUAAAACAUUGGUCAUCUCUCAGGCAUUGUACAUAAUCUCCAUAGUUGCUUUCUUUCUAUCUCUGUACCACCCCAAACUGUCAAAGUCCUCUUAAUUGCUCAUUUUCAAGUAACAAAUUUUGACGAGGUGAAGGUUUGGUGUUAAGUAGAUUGUUGGUUUUGGAAUUAAUGUUGUAUCAAUAUCAAACCAGUUCAAGAAAUAUCGGACUACCGUAUUAGUUUUCCUUUAAUCUUCAUUAAGCCAUCACCAACCGCCCACUUCUGUUGUAGUGGUAAUUUUAAACUGUACUUUGAACUGAGUAUACCUUCAAAUCUUUAAGCAGUUCAGCAGUCAUUACUCACUUCCACUCUCCCUUACUCGCACUCUAAUACUGUUUUAUUUCAUUUUUUUGUUUGAAUGUUAGGUACAAUGUUAUUCCAGACCUUAUUGUUUGAUCUUGUUUGUACAUAUACAUGUGGGUACCUGUUUACCAGCAAUGGUAAUAUGUUUUGAUUUUGUUUUAUCUCAGAAAACUUCUUUUAAUAUUCUGUUAUACCUACAGCUAUGCAUUGCACUGUUAACUGUUGGUAUCACUGUUCAAUUGUGACCAAAAAUUAAGAAGAUCCUCUAUUCCUCUAAAGAUUUCCUGUAUAAAACUUCUGAAAGAGUUUUAUUUGUUGUAAGUUUAAGUUAAUGAUGCCAUUAAUAAUCUCAUUGUGAACAUCAUGCAAUGUACAGAUGUUAUGUUACUCUUGAGGAGUGAAAAUGGAUGUUCAAGGUCUAAUCCAGAUACUCACACUCCAUAUAUGUAUUCCUAAUUAUUAAAUAAUGAAAAUGAGAAAUUAACAA